UGUGUAUUACUCUAAACCUGAGCAGUAAGUGUUAUGUAUGCUACAGUCAGAUUAAAAAACACGUUUGAGUGUAUUCAGUCUGAUUUGAAAAGAUUUGAUCUGCCUGAAGAUUUUCUCCUUACGCCCUGAGAUGUCCUCCUUAUAGAUAACUUUCACCUUCAUCAGAUGAGUGUUCAGACAGGCUUCUGCCAUCCAGCGUCUGCACAGAGACACUCAAACAUCCAAGUGAAGUAACAGAAAAACUUUUUUGCAUGGCGCUUAACUUUAAGCUAAAUACACCAUUUAAAAGCCAACCUUAUUAUCUGAAAAAUGCAUUGUCGCAAAGAUGAAAGCAGGGCUGUUACUUUGUUGGUUUUCUCAACCAACUGAACAGUGGCGACGCACGUCUCAGAGUGAAACCUUAUCUGUGUGGUUUUAAAGCAGCAUGUCGAUGGACGUUUGUACGUUUCCAGUGGGUGCUCGCCCUCUCCUCUGCUCUGCUGCUCCACUGGACGGGGUUGGUCCUCUGUCUUGGACUCUGUGUGGCGAUUGGAGAUUCCAGGCCAGGCCCUGGAGCCUCCCCCCUGUGACACACUUUCAGCGCUGAACCGCCAGCAUGACUUUCAUUGCUCUCCAAGGGCGGGUGGUGCACCUUCAGGAAAAAACAAACAAACAUGGAGGCCUUAGGAGUGCAAGUGUACCGACCCUGCUCAUUUGACUGUCUCAGCCCGUCGGACCAGCGCGGCUCCUCCAAGCCCCCGCUGAGCUCCUCGGCCAUGACAUCACGCAUCCUGCUGCGACAACAGCUGAUGCGGGAGCAGCUUCAGGAGCAGGAGCGGCGGGAGCAGCAGAGACAACAGGCCUCCCAGUACCCACAAACCACUGUGGCCCAGACCCCCGCCAUCAACGUCAGUGCCCCGCCCACUUUACCACCUGCCGCCCAGGUGCCAAUGGAGGUGCUCAAGGUCCAGACUCAUCUGGAGAACCCAACCAAAUAUCACAUCCAGCGUUCCCAGCAGCAGCAGGUGAAGCGGUACCUGGGAAAGGUUGGCUCUCAGGUGUUGAGCUUGCCUUGCCCCAACCAGACCUCUGACCACGGGGGCAUGCCGCCAGGGCCGGGCAACAGUGCCCCCAACAGCCCUAUGGCCUUACUGACCUUGAACACUAACUGCGAGAAAGAGAUGGAUGAUGUCAUUGAUGACAUUAUUAGUCUGGAGUCCAGUUACAGUGAUGAUAUCCUUGGCCUGAUGGAUCCAGGACUUCAGAUGGCCAACACGAUUCCUGUGCCUGCUAACCUCAUGGACAUGUAUGGCAAUCAGGGUAUGUCCCAGCAAGGUCUGCCCAUCAGCAACUCCUGCCCUGCCAACCUGCCCAACAUCAAAAGGGAAUACUCCGUUUCACAAUCCCCGGCCAUCAUGCAUAUGCUGGAUAAGUCUGGAUCCUGUGGCAAAUUUGAAAACUAUCAAAGGCCUGAAGGGUUCCCUGUGGAAGCUGAGGUAAGAGCUAUGGCAAAGGAAAGGCAGAAGAAGGAUAACCAUAAUUUAAUUGAGAGGAGACGACGGUUUAACAUCAAUGAUCGAAUCAAGGAACUGGGAACUUUAAUUCCAAAGUCCAAUGACCCGGACAUGCGCUGGAACAAAGGCACCAUCUUGAAGGCAUCCGUGGACUACAUCAGGAAGCUACAGCGGGAGCAGCAGAGAACCAAGGAGCUGGAGAAUCGCCAGAAGAAGCUCGAGCAUGCCAAUCGACAUCUGAUGUUGAGGAUACAGGAGUUAGAGAUGCAGGCACGUGCUCACGGUCUAGCCAUCGUGCCUCCAGCACUCUGCUCCCCGGAACUCGGAGCCCGGACCAUUAAGCAAGAGAACGCUCUGGAGGACUGUCACCAGGACCUGUACUCGCUCCACCCCCAUCACCAACACCAUCCCGCCUGCACUCCCGAAACUCCCAGCACUCUGGAGCUAAACGAAAGCCACUCUAACUUCCCCGAGGGCCACUACAGCGUUCACAGCAAGCCGGGCUCCAAACUCAACGACAUCCUUAUGGAAGACACCUUAUCACCAGUGAGAGGGGGGGACCCUUUGCUCUCGUCCGUCUCUCCAGAAGCCUCUAAGGACAGCAGUCGCAAGAGUAGCGUAAGCAUGGAUGAGAAUGAGCAGGGCUGUUAGCACCGCCUGCUGGAAGACACCUCGCCUGCAUCUCCAACCUCUCCAUCGUGCUGCAAGUAUUUCUGUCAGUAGCUAACACACUACCAGCUGCUGGAGAGGUUUCCUCGUAUUUGUCCCCCCCACCCGUGUUUACAUGUAUUGAAUCUUUUCCAUUCGUGUUUUUUGUUAUUCUUUUGUUGUUAUAUUUUUGUCUUUUCGAGCCCUCAACCUUGAUUUCAAGGACUGAUUAUACGGUAUGUUUGCUUUAAUCAAUACUUUGAUGACAAUGAGUUACAAAAAUAGAAGUUUUUAUAUUUAAAAAAAAAAAACUAUAUGCAUUUAUCUUUGGAUAGAGGCUAGAUUGUGUUUAUUUCUAUUGAUUCCAAAGAAUCUAGGGAAGUUAUAAAUCACAGUCAGAAAUGUAGAUAUUUUGUGUUGAGAUGAACACUGCUUUUUAAAUCACUAGCAAUAAUAGAAGAAAAAAAAUCUAUUUAUUACUAUAGUGCUUUACACUCCUUGUGUCUUAGAUUGAACUUGAAUGUGUUGAUGCCUUAUUAAGAUGUGUAUACAUCGAUGUUGUAUUGCUAUGCACAUGUUUUGGCUGUUAGCUGAGUCUUUGUCAGUCUUCCAGAUGAAAUUUCUUCCUCGACAGAUAUUAAUCAUUUGUAGAUUUGAUCUUAUUUAUGUAUCUAUAUGUAAACAGGACUUUAUGUACACAUUCCCCUACAAAAAUUAAUUUAUAACAAGGUAUUUAAAAGAGACUUUUUGAAAGAACUGAUAAACGAAAGCACAUUAAAAAUACAAAGCUAAGAUGUCUCCUUCAAAAAAAAAAAAAAAGAAAAAAUCAAAAGAUUAAAAUUAAACAACAUCAACACUGGGAAGAGCGGAUUUUAGUCUUUUAUUCAGCGUUGUAAUGAGCAAGACACAGUAAAAAAGUGAGAAAGAUCAAGAUUCACAACACAGGUGGAUCUUUUUAAACAACAAGUGCUGACUACUUGGCAGUACGGAUCAGAUAAAUUACUAUUAGACAUGAGGUUUUUCUACAAUGCAAACUCCAAACUAAUCUCACUCAAAUCAGAAAUUAAAAAGCCUAUUGUAGUCCUAACACACACACACACAAGAAGCUGAUUUCAUAAUUGUGUAAAUCUUUGAUAGAUUAUUAAUGCAAGAAAGAUGGAUCAGUUGAGUUUUUGUUAUAUUCUUGGCUGUAGUGCUCAGACUAACAGAACUGCUACUAUUUCAGCACAGACAGUGUUAACACUUUAGACACGUCUUGAUGCAAGUGCUCACUUUUUAUACUUGUCCUUCCAUUUCCUAAAUUAUUGUUUUUUUACACCACUAUGGCGACAUUUCACAUUCAGUAUGUUUUUUUCCAUUAUGUGAACAUUUAUAUUGCCAAGGAGUAUAAGGAGACUGCUUUGGGAUUUUGUAUGAAAUCAUUGUCCAAACACUGGAAUGACCUCUGUAAACCGAAAUGUGGUUUGUUCUCCUUUUUUUUUUUUUUUAAAUCUAAGCAUAAACUAACUCUUGUAUUUGGCUUUUCAAAUGCACACAGAAGAUGAGAUUGUAGUUUCUCUCUGAUGUACAGUUGUUGUAUAGUUCAGCAGUUUGUUUUCAGUGGUUGUAGCACAUGACAUAAAAAUGUCUUCGUUAAUAACUACCUGCCAUACAUCGAGCCCUGUUCAAGCACAGCCUCCAUUUCACUAAACUAUGCAAUGUUGAAGUUGUGUCUGCAGAGCAGCAUCGAGUCUUGAUAAUGUGAUCUCCUUACGAAUUAGUCCACAGCCAGUUUCAAAGUAAUUGUCUUUUUAAUUGAUUUAAGUGCCUUACAGUCAUUCUGUGAUGAUUCAGUUUAUGCUGGUGUUCGAUGCAUUAUCUGAAGAGUGUCAAGGUAAAUGAGAAAGCAGUGGGAGAGAGCCUUUUCUCAGCACAAGAUAACACUUUAGCCUCAUAGACUCAAGAACCACAAGAAAACAUUUGUUAUUAUGGAACCCCAAAGUGUUCAGUAUUAAAUUAUAAGUACGACAACAUGAAAUGAAUACAAUCAUAAUCAUAUAAAGGUAAACAGAGUAAAAUAUAGAAGUAAACCAACUGACACUUUCAAUAAAUUAUUAUUUCAUUAUUAUGUCAUUUGUAUUUUUAUUAUUUUAUCAAUUUCAGAAGUGUUUAUUAUAUUUAUUUCAAAGUGCCCUUUUUCAAAAUUUUGUUUGUUUUUAUUUCAUGAGGUCAUUUUUCCCAAUAACACCUUUAUUUCAAAAUUAUCAUCGUGCCUCUGGCAAUCCAAUUCCUCCCUGCAGGCUUACAAACUUACAAACUUAUCCGGCUGUUUUUUUGUUUUUUGUUUUAUUUAACAGUUUGCAAAUCAAAAUAAGAAGCAACAUUUCUUUGUAAGGAGCUAAUUGUAGUGAUCUGUUGAACUUAGUGUUGGUUGGUCCAUCACUUUGGUCCAGACUGAAAAGUCUCAGCAACAAUUAAAUGGAUUGCCAUAAUAAUGUGUGAAGACAUCAUCUCAUCUCAUUUAGGAUGAAUUGUUUGAACUUUUUAUGCAGCAGGUGUGCCCAAAUGUUUUCUCAAGGAGGGCCAAAAUCAAAACUUAAUGGUGGGCCACAGGCCAAAAGCAAGCUCAUAUUGCAUUAUUUUUAUUCUUAAGAUGGUCUGCUUAAUUGGCUGACUUCCUGUGCAAAAUUUCACUCUGCUCGACAUGCUCAGAUCGUAAAAAAUAAUUAAUAAAUAGGGCUUCAUAUUAGCAUCCUGAUUUUGGCAUUAGUUCAAAGCACUAUUCUGUCUGCAGCCUCACAGAGCUGCCAUUGAUCUUCUUUUACUUCAUUUUUAAUAUAAAUAUUUAUUUAUUAAUGUAUUAUUUAUUUCUUUAAAACUGAACACUUUGGGGUAACUGUGCAUUUUGCCUGAUCUGUAAGGUCAUAUUCUACAAUAACAGUGGUGUAUCCAAAGUUGCACUGAAUAUUCAGCAUCCUUUUGAGACUGUUAUGAAUGUAGUUCAACAUGAUGACUGCCAAAAUUAGAAAUUCUUAAAAAUAGUUGUAUAGAACUUAUAUAUAUAUAUGUAUAAAUAGCAACAGCUUAACUACUACACCCGUUUUAGUGGUCUACUCAGUUGUUCAUAGCAAUAACAAGAGCAACAAACAGGAGGAGUACAUGGUGAAAAAAAUAAUAAAUUCAGAAUGUACCUGAUAAAAGUUUUUCUGUAGUUUUUCAACUGCAUGUCACAGUUUUCAUCAGCAGGAGGCAACAGCUCAUGUCAUUACAUCAGUGAAACAGAAGUGAAAUACUAUGGACCUUCUGUCAUUAAGACUGUGAGAUGUGGUUGAAAGAAAAGACAAAUUCUGUUUGUUUUGGGGGUUUUUCAUCCUGGACCCUACAUUUACACAUUUGUGGUGUGGAAAUGUUUCAUACCUACCAUAAGUUUUGUAAGUGGUCCAGUUUAUUGCUUUUUUUUGCCACUCACAUCCUGAGUCUUCUUACAGAAAGGAUCCCCAUAGAAACAGUCUUUUUUUAAAAGAGUCAAGUCCUCUUUGUUUAACCAGGAACACUGAAAUCUUGAAUGUUGUUGCAAGAAGUCAACUUUGUAAAUAUGAGUCGAAGCUAGAGAGAGGAGUUUGCAAUUUACUGCCAGCAAGAACCUAUUUCCAAAGUCAUGGCUGAUAUUACUUUAGCUGAUUUCAACAGUUUAGAAGAGGUAACAGCUGCGACAGCUCACCUCUUGAGAAUUCAGAGCGGCACUUCUUGUGUGAGAUUUGUGUUUCUUAUUUUAAACAAAAAGGAUUUUACAAACAAAAAACGUUUAGAGCUUUUUUUCUCCCCUGUGCGGAUCCUUUCCAUAAUGUUCUCAGACAUGCAGAGUAACAAUCUCGGGAUGUGAGCAGCAAAAAAAACCCCACUUUAGUUGGGCGUAACUUUGACGGUCAAAGUUGCCCCAAACAUUGCAGCCACUCCAGCCACGCUGCUGUUGCCAGCUGAGACGAUCUACUGGACCAAAUACAAAACCUUUGGGAAGCAUCAGUCAUUUACACACCAAAAUAUGUGAAUGUCCGGUCCAGUUUUCAAAACACCAGAGUUUCUCUUUAAGUUGAGAGGAUUAUCUUAAAUGAAUUUCAGCUUUCAGUUGACUGCGGAAUGGUGGCCACCAAUCCCAUGUACUGAGCCUUAAUAGUGCAAUAAACACAUUGCCCUUUGACUGAACCCAGAUAGACUUUUUUUAAUGGAAGAGAUAAAUCAUCUAAACCCUGAAAUGUGACUGGUUAGAAUGCACAUCAGUAUCUUACAAACGAUGGUAAUGGUGGCACUUAAUUUAAAGCCAUCUCUAUGACUGAUUUCUCACAAUGAAUCCUGCAGCUGUUGAUUUUUAUGGCACAUUAUGGGCAAACUACUAAUGAAGAACCAUCUGUUCUGUUCAUUCUCAUUCCUGUUGUUCAAACAGACAAUGUUCUCGGCCAAUGUUGCUACUGUUUUUAUUGUUACAGUUUAUAUGAGAUGAAUGUAGCAAUAGUUACUGUACGCACUGGUUUCAGAUUAGUGAACUCAAACUCAUUGGUACUCAAUGUGGAAACUAUCUUGUGAGAAAUAUUAAAAGUUGUAUUUGAAUGUU